UUCGAUGGCGUGUGACCAGGUUGUACGGCCAGGUUGUCUGCCGGAAUUUUCUGCUUUCUUCUGUGUUUCCUGCGUCGCCAGUGGCAUGAGAGAGGGGGACAGCGACUGGAACUAUUGCGGAGAGACCAGAGCGGGGCAGAGCGCGCACAGCUUCGGGAGAGAGUAAGGAAACCGCGGUGCAGGUAGGGUGGAGGUGAGGGCAGGCAGAGACAAGACAGGGGCUGACUGGUUUUUAUAGGUUGCAGCGAGGCAGUUCCAGUUCCAUCCAGUCGUUUCCAGAAGUGACAGGCUAAACUUUGCGGAGAAGACAGAACCCAUCGUGGAUGGCAGACUGCUGUACUACUAAUAUGGUGGCAGGAGUCCUGGGUGCGGAGCGGGAUUGUUCUCUCAGUUACUAUGGCGAUGGAAUUGCAGGUGACGGCGAGGCAGCGGCACGUUUCUGGAGGGUCCCUGCUACGGGCCUCCAGUGUCAUCGAGGCGCAGAAGUCCUGGAUAGAGAAGACCUUCAGCAAGAGAGAGUGUAUCAAGUAUGUGCCAAAUCUAAGAGACCCCCAUAGGAGAUGCGGAUGCGGGAGGCUGGAGGGGGAGCACUCCUCAGAAGCGAGGAGCGCCCAGAGCACAUCGUGCAUGGAGGAGGUUCGGUGGACACCAGCGGCACACACAGAGGAAAACCCAUCAGAUGCGUUUGGAACACUGGAGUUCCAGGGGGCAGGGCACACCAGCAAGGCACAGUACGUUCGCAUGUCGUACGACACGAAGCCGGACGUGAUUCUCCAGCUGCUGACCAAAGAGUGGAAACUUGAGCUGCCCAGACUCCUCAUCUCCAUGCACGGCGGGCUGCAGAACUUUGAACUCCAGCCUAAACUCAAGAGGGUCUUCAGGAAAGGGCUUCUGAAGGCGGCAAAGACCACGGGAGCCUGGAUUCUCACAUGUGGCACUCACUCAGGUGUGACCAGACAGGUGGGAGAUGCGAUGGGGGAACUGUCCACUCGCACCAGGAUGAGAAUCUGUACCCUUGGGGUGGGCCCCUGA